GUCACUUCCUUUGUCUCUAAGUUUCCUAAUUUUCAACUGUAAAAAUAAAAGUCAGUUGAAUAAAGUUUGAAAUUAAAACUGAUUAUAAUAAAAAUAAUAAUAUAUAAGCAUAUUAAGUAAGUCUCCAGCAAUUACUUUUCUUUGAUUUUAAAUAAUUAAACAAAACAGAUAUGACGUCGAGAGACGGAGUUUUCUCAGGAUCGCCGCCCAGUUUUGCGGACUUAACGGAAGCAGUGAAGAAAAUAGAAAUGCUAAUUGCAACAAAAAAAUUGAAAUCUAAGUUAUUUUAUGAUAUGCUAUUGGGAUUUCGUAUGUUGGAGGAGGCACUGCAACAUAAGCAGUCGGAAGCUUACGAGCUGGUCAUAACUUGGGCUAAACUAUUUUUGAAAAUUCAGUCUAGCAUUACAAAUCAACAUGAUGGAAUUCGCAAACAAUUUGAAAAAGUAGUGCCUCCCGCAAUUACAUAUAUUAUUGGUUGUUUGCAAUACAAAACUAAGACUAUAAUCUCUUAUCACUACCAAUUAUUGGAAAUGAUACAUGAGUUAUUACUUAACCUACGACCGGGAGUUCUCGAAAAGUUGGCUACAUUCGAAACGGGUGUUAUAGCUUGCGUUUGGUUUCCCAUUGGAUUUGUUGGUGAUUUUAACACACAAUUGUUGGCAUUGCGUUUAUUGGCAAUGUUAUUAAAGUGUGCAGAUUCAACGCGACAGCAAAGUGAACUCAAUAGUAUUCGCUGCGCAGACAAAUCCGUUUUAAAAGAUAAAUUAACUGCAGCUAUAGCUGUUGCCAAUUUUCAUACUGCGAAAUUUGAAAACACUGCAAGGGAUCUCUUGAAUACUUAUAACAUGCAUUUGGCAAAAAACAUUCUUGUUUAUUCAUUUCGGUGCAAAUCAUUCAAGUUUGGAGAAAAUAUAAAUUUUUUCAAACCUUUGAAUGUAGAAAAUUUUUGGAUAGACUUUAAUUACUGUCCACGUACCCUCUCGUUCAAUGGGCGUUGCCAAACAAAUACCAAAGCAAUAUAUACAAACUGUUCUGCGAGCUUAAAAAUUACUAAGUUGUCACUCAAUAAUUUAACCCUCACUGUGCAUUUUCAAGCACCAGUGCAAAUUUUUAAAGAAACUGGUGACUUACCCGAUAUAAGUCAAAUUACAACAGCUAAAAUCAUUAUACCAAGGGAUGAAGCUAUGCGUUUAUUGGAAAAUGAAUUCAUAUUGAAAUACUUUAACGAAUCCCAUCUGUCGAAUCUACACAACAGAAUUUCAUCAUUUGUUAAACCACUUAAUAUAUCCACGCCACUAUCAAGUACUGAAAAGACCGAAAAGACGAUUGGCAGCAAAACAAACAUGGCAUCCACUUUUAAAGGCACAAAUGAUUAUCGCAACAUAGAGAACAAGGAAAAUAUUUCACCUGAAGAACACACACAAAUAUCAGUUAAUCGCGACACUAGAAACGGAACUUCAAACAAGAAAACAAGUUCAAAACAAUUUCAAAAAAGUUAUGAGAUUUUAAUAGGCCUACCUAAGGGUAAUAACGAAAAAACUAAAGGAAAUCGCGAACUCAGAAAUACAAAGAAUGAAACUGCAAAUUCCAAAGAAAAAAUUAAUUUUCAAUUGCCACAUUUACCAGAGUUAGAAAAGGAAUUUGAUCAUGAACUGUCAAAAAACACACGUAGUCGUAGUUCUCGAAGAAAAAUAGUAAACUACUCAACAUCCACUUCAGAAUCACAAAUACCUACAAACUCUUUAAAUGAAAAUGUCAAACAACCGCGGAAACGCUUCUUUAAAACUCAAAAAUCCAACUCCGACACUGAUUAUAUUCCCAGUAAAACAAAACGAAUUUCACGACCACGAAAUUCCAGAAACACAAAGCAGAAAAGUUCUAAUACUUCUAUAAAUAAGAUGAAAAAAAUUAAUGAAGUGAAGCCUAUGUUAUAUUCGAACCAAGAAUUUACGAAAGUUGUUGCAAACACAUGUACGAGUCACUUCGCUGAUGAAGUUAGUGCUAAUUUAAACCAUCACAUCGACAAUAGUAGAACAAAUUCCACAAUAGUAGAACAGUUAUCCAAUUUAAAUACGAAUAUUUAUGAAGAUCUAACCGUAAGUGAUGCCGAGCCAGGACAAUCAUAUCGUAACUUUAGAAUUCGGCGUAAUCCGUUUGACGAUGAAAAUACUAAGAACGAAGCAAAACGACCUCGAAACUCAUUACCACGUAGUAUUAAAAAAAAGGGUCAACUUGUCGGCACCAACCUCGGGUCCAUCAAACCCGGAGCAAAGAAAACGCUGGAUCCGAAAAAUUUGAAGAUAACCCAAUCAAAAUUUCAAAAUCCGGAAAAAGCAGCAUUCACAAAUAAAAACCCAACUGUUUGUUCAACGGAUAUAGAUUUAUGCCCGACAACACAGCAUACUUUAAACGAUGCUGUCGGUCGUAAACGCACAUUAUAUAACACAGAGACACUCAACGCAGAAAAGGCUAUGCAAUUAAACAAUACUGAAAGAAAUGAAUAUGAAAUAUCCAAAACGUUCGUUCAAAUGCUUAAAAAAGCGUCCAAUAAUGAUGCAGUAAAAGCGAUUGAAAUCAGUAACAAUUUGUCUGUGCCAGCAAUUGCUGCUGAUGUGAAUGUAGAAGAUCAAGUUGAUGACAUACAGGAUUGCCGUCAGGAUGUGCGCCAAGUUGACAUUGAUGACGUAUGCGACUAUGAGGAAUUUAGUGAUUUUCCGACCUUUUCCACUCUAUUGGAUAUUUCUAAUAUAUCCCAAUCGCCUGAACGUGAAACGAAUAAGGAUUUAGCGCAAAAAACUACACAACAGGCUGGCACUAGCUUGACACUGCCUACUAAACCAAAAUCUCCAGCUCUAAUAGAUUACGCAAACAAAUCGGAGUCGAAAAAAAGUAUCAUAUAUUGUUCGCGAUCUGAAAACGAUAGUGAUAGUGAGCAAUCCAUAAUUUCAAAUAACAAUAGAGAAUUUUCGCUGACACAACCUUUGGAAUUGCCUUCAAAAGGACAGCAACAUGUGUUCUUAACGCCACAAUUACCGUUACAAAAUUUUCGAAAAACCACCAGCGUUACCAAAUGCCAAGUCACCACCACCGGAACGUCGGUAAUCACACAGCAAGAUAGUUUUAUACAUCAGCGAAAUUUUGUAGUAAAUUUAGCAGCUUCAACGAAUACUCCACUUAAUCUCUCAAAAACUAGCUCAAGGAUUACAGCAACAACCACCACCAAAGCCGUGGUAGAAGAAAAGUGCCAAGUUAACGUGAAUAGUCCCAUACAAAGAAACGAAAGUCUUACCGCACCAAAACCAAAAGCACUCUUACAAGAGUCUGCGGAUAUGAUUACCUCUUAUAAAAAUAAUUUAAAUCUACACUUAGACCAGAUUGAGACAAGUAUGAGUUCGAAUUCAGCUAACGUAUAUAUUGAAAAAAUUUGCGAUAUUGGCGAAAGUAUGAUAAAUGAAAUAGAACGCGAACGAAAAUCACUGUGGGAACUGGAAGUCAACGCUGAACGACUCGCUCGUCAACUAGGUUGGCAAUAUGAAGCUUAUCAGCGAAAACAACAACAAUUUCAAUGUUUUAAACAAAAUAUUGACGAUCUUUUACGUAUAUUAAGCAAUAUAAAUUUAUCGGAAGAAAUUGAAAAUGAUGCCAAGCAUAAAAUUGCGAAACUCCUCCAAACAUCUAACUAUAUAACUGGCCAAGAAUGGCGGAAUUUCGUAAAUGAAAGCACAGAGAAUUUGCUUAAAGAUAUUUCCUCAUUAUCCAAUUUAUAGAAUUCAUGUUGUAUACUUGUAUAUUGUAUUUAACAUUUGGAAAAUUAGUAAUCAAUAAAACUAUUUAAAAAAUUUUAA